GGCGCCGGGCGGGGCGGUAUAUCCAGCGCGGCGAAGGGCGGGCCCGCCAGUGCUUGGGCCAGGACGCGCCGGGUGGAAGUGCCGGGAGCAGCAGCCGGGAGCUGUCACGCGCGUGGUCGUCGCUCUAUGGGCACAGGGAGCCUCUGAGCACGAGAAGACCCCGCUGCCUACCCGCACGUCGCGAGCCCCGCACCUCGCACCUUGCCGCUCGCUUUCCGGGCCCGCGCCCCGCGCCGCCAUGAACCACUCGCCGCUCAAGACCGCCCUGGCCUACGAAUGCUUCCAGGACCAGGACAACUCGACGCUGGCCCUGCCGUCGGACCUGAAGAUAAAGACCGGCACGUCGGGCCAGCAGCGCGUGCAGGAGCAGGUGAUGAUGACCGUCAAGCGGCAGAAGUCCAAGACUUCCCAGUCGUCCACCCCGAGCCACUCCAUCCGAGGUUCCAUGUAUGACGGCCUGGCCGACAAUUACAACAGCUGCGGGACCACCGGCCGAAGCAGCUACUACUCGAAGUUCCAGGCGGGGAACGGCGCGUGGGGCUAUCCGAUCUACAAUGGGACCCUUAAGCGGGAGGCAGACAACAGGCGCUUCAGCUCCUACAGCCAGAUGGAGACCUGGGGCCGGCAGUACCCCCGCAGCAGCUGCGUUCCCCCCGGCACCGGCAGCGACAUCUGCUUCAUGCAGAAGAUGAAGGCCAGCCGCAGCGAGCCCGACCUCUGCUGCGACCCCCGCGGCACCCUGCGCAAGGGCACGCUGGGCAGCAAGGGCUUCAAGACCGCCCAGAACCGCUACAGCAUCUAUAGCACCUGCAGCGGCCAGAAGGGGGCCAAGAAGUACCCGGUGCGCCCGCCCUCCUGCACCUCCAAGCAGGACCCCGUGUACGUCCAGCCCAUCACCUGCACCAAGGACCAGUCCUUCAGCCACUCAAGGGCCAGCUCCAAGAUCUGCAGCGAAGACGUUGAGUGCAGCGGGCUGACCAUCCCCAAGGCCGUGCGGUGCCUGACCUCCCCAGACAAGAAGUGCCAGGCCAUCGGGGCCUAUUACAUCCAGCACACCUGCUUCCAGGAUGAGUCCGCCAAGCAGCAGGUGUACCAGCUGGGCGGCAUCUGCAAGCUGGUGGACCUUCUCCGCAGCUCCAACCAGAAUGUGCAGCAGGCCGCGGCCGGGGCCCUGCGCAACCUGGUGUUCCGCAGCACCACGAACAAGCUGGAGACUCAGAGGCAGAGCGGCAUCCGCGAGGCCGUCAACCUCCUGAGGAGUACCAGCUGCACGGAGAUCCAGAAGCAGCUGACCGGGCUGCUCUGGAACCUGUCCUCCACCGACGAGCUAAAGGAGGAGCUGAUCUCGGAAGCCCUGCCCGUCCUGGCUGACCGGGUCAUCAUCCCGUUCUCCGGCUGGUGCGAUGGCAACAGCAACGUGCCCCAGAAAGCCGUGGACGCUGAGGUCUUCUUCAAUGCCACCGGCUGCCUGAGGAACCUGAGCUCCGCAGACACGGGGCGCCAGGCCAUGCGCAACUACACGGGUCUCAUUGACUCCCUCAUGGCCUAUAUCCAGAAAUGUGUGGCAGCCGGCCGCUGUGACGACAAGUCUGUGGAGAACUGCAUGUGCACCCUGCACAACCUCUGCUACCGCCUGGACACCGAGGUGCCCACCCGCUACCGCCAGCUGGAGCACAACGCCCGCAAUGCCUACACCGAGAAGUCCUCCACCGGCUGCUUCAGCAGCAAGAACGGCAGGAUGAUGAACGACAACUACGACUGCCCCCUUCCUGAGGAAGAGCCCAACCCCAAGGGCAGCAGCUGGCUGUACCACUCGAACGCCAUCCGCACCUACCUGAACCUCAUGGGCAAGAGCAAGAAGGACGCCACCCUGGAGGCCUGCGCCGGCGCCCUGCAAAACCUGACCGCCAGCAAGGGGCUGAUGUCCAGCGGCAUGAGCCAGCUGAUCGGGCUGAAGGAGAAGGGCCUGCCUCACAUCGCCAAGCUCCUGCAGUCGGGCAACUCGGACGUGGUACGGUCCGGAGCGUCCCUCCUGAGCAACAUGUCCCGCCACCCCGCGCUGCACCGGGUGAUGGGGAACCAGGUGUUCCCGGAGGUGACCAGACUCCUUAGCAGCCAUACCGGCCACACCAGCAACUCGGAGGACAUCCUGUCCUCGACCUGCUACACCGUGAGGAACCUGAUGGCGUCGCAGCCUGCGAUGGCCAAGCAGCACUUCUCCAGCGACAUGAUCUGCAACGUCAUCAACCUGUGUCGCAGCAGCACCUCCCCCAGGGCUGCAGAGGCCGCCCGACUCCUCCUGGCUGACAUGUGGUCCAGCAGGGAGCUGCAGGGGGUCCUCAGACAGCAAGGUUUCGAUAGGAGCAUGCUGGGAACCUUAGCUGGGGCCAGCAGCCUCAGGAACUUCUCCUCCCGAUUCUAAGAAGAGGCUGCCCAAGCAAGUUCAGCUUGCAGACGUGAUACGAUCCAGCUGAGAAGACUCGGGCCUUGCUGGAGGGGUAUUCUGUCCAGCUGCACAGUAUUGGGAAAUGUCUAACCACAGCUGAGAGCAAACCGGGAUGCUGUGGAUGACAAGAAUACGUUUAGAUUUUUUUUUUUUUCUUGGGGGAACUGACAGGCAAUGGGGGUUGGGGAGGGUUGGGGGGCCUUUCUUCAGUUAAGGGAGCUUACAUCUGAUGUCAAUACUUCUUUGGCCGAGAAACGGUACAUAUACAUGUGUAUAGUGUGUGUGUGUGUGUGUGUGUGUGUGUGUGUGUGUGCGCGCGCACGCACGUGCUGAAAGCACGACCUGAACCUGCAAAGAGCUGUGGGAGCUGCCGGGCUGCAGCUCACGGUGGUGGAGGGACUCGCCCUCACGGGCGCGGACAAUGUGUGCUUUGGGUGUAGCUUCCCCGUCGUCCUGAGCUGUGUGUGCCGGGGCAGGGGCCACGCCAGCGCCAGGCCCACGGGGACCUCUGCAGGGGGCGGGGCGCGGGGGGGAAUAUGUGAGGCCGGGGGCUCAACCCCCGCUAAGAGGCAGCUCUGCAGGAAGGGAGGCUGGCGGGGUUCGGUGUAUCUCCUGGGAAGAUCUAGUUGUGCGCUUGUGCAGCCCAGCCCCCGGUGCCACGUGGCCGUCUGCAAGAUGGGCCAGGACAGGCACGCUGGCUUUGCUGUGUGAAGGCUGUCCCGAGGGUAGGUGCCAGAGAGGGGGCCUGGCCAUUCUCGCAGGCUGUGUACCCGUCAGAGCAGGCUCAGCCUGGGAAGCCCCUGCCUUCCGGGGGCUUGGAAUCCACUUGUUGCAGGAGAAGGAAGGAAGGAUGGUGCUCAAGGCCCAGCAGCUGUUCAGGGACUGGCAGCUUGGUCCUCGUGUUCCCAGCGGAGGGGCAGGCUGGGCCAGGCAGGGAGUCAGCCAGGAGGGUCCUGCCCUGUGCGCCUGCCGAGAUCCAAGCGAGGGAGUGUUUUGGGUCCCAGGAGACUCGGAGGAAGGGAAUUUGGAUAGAACAGGAAGGGGAGCCGCCCCCGUCCCAGCCAGAGGCCGCUCGCUUCUUCCCCGACCCCAGCCCUCUGUCUCUACUUUGUGCAAACCGCAGGGGACGUGAUAAGAGGCCCACCAGGGACACUGGCCACCCCAGACCCCAGACUCCUGUGCAUUUCAGAUGAGAAGUAGAGGAGGGGCCUCCGGAGAAGGGCUGUGGAAAUGGUCCUUGGUCUGCACUGUAGGACAGGGCAGGACACAGCGUCCCCGCCAAGCGGCACUGGUGGUGAUAGAGGCGGACUGGCUGCCUCGUCCUCCCUCCUCCCUCCUCCCGGCCUGGAGUUCCCCCCACGCCCCGUCCAGCCCCACCGCUCACCCCAGCAGUCAGAGCCUCUGCACUGAGGACCCUCCUGAUGAGAGAUGUGGCAGCAGGACGGGACUAGGGAGCGGGUGGGGAACAGACCCGAGAUGACGGGCCACGCAGCCAGGCGUGCUCUGGUGCUGGGUCUGUGCCGCGUCCUCCCCGCCCCUCGUGGUGGUGGCUUGCCUCUCUCUCAGGGCCCGUGGGGAGCUGGUGCCAGUAGACUGUCCCCUCUGCCAUCCCUCAGGGCCCAGAGGAACUGGUUUCUCAAAGAAACACGUACAGAGCCCGGCAGUGUUGUAAGCACUCUGGAUACGUCAGUGAAUGGAGAGGCCACACCCCCGUCUCACGUUCUCCUGGAGGAAGGAGGGGCCCUGGGGUCCCUGGCGUUAGGGAUCCCCAGUGUGAGAGGACCAUGCAGUCCAGUCAGGGCGAGAGGGAACUAGCCGAUGACCCUGUGGGGGUGCCCCUUCCCUCGGCUUUCCUUCCCCCGCAGGGUUGGGGACCGGGGCCCAGCUUCUGCCUUGGGGAUGGGCAGCUUUCCAGACCCCCGUGGGCCAGGCGGACCGUCAGGCCAGGCCUGGCUUUGGUCACCUCUCUCAUGACUUCUGAGGCCAGCCACCCGGGCCUGUCGCUUUGGAAGAGGCAGACCUCGGAGGGGCCUGUGGAUAAAUUUCCUACAGAAGGAGCACGGGGUCCGCUGAGGCACAGCUCAGGAUGUGAAGCAUACGUCAGCCGCGCGCUGUCGGGCUCGACACCCAGAACAGGACGGUCCAACGCCGAGUGGGGGAGGACCCUGUCCUCCCUGUUGCUGCCCCGACCCAGGGCCUCCUGCGCGUAAGACAGACCUGGUCACUGGCCACCGGCAGCCGGUGCAGCGGGGCCGGCCUAGCAGCGCAGACUCAGCCGCCCCCGGGACGCAGAGGCAGAGCUGGUCCCAUCCACCCUGGAGCCUGGCUGGGGCGGGGGCAGCUGGGACAGUGAGGAAGGGGCUCUGGCUGGGCAGGGAGGGAGGGUGGGGCACUCUGCAGCCCGUGCCCCCGCCCCCGCUCCAUGUUUGCGGAGGAACCUAGCGCUGGCCAGGCCCGUUUCCCUGGGGGGUACACUGUGCGUUUGCUUUUUUUGGAAAUAUAGGAAAUCAAUAAAUUGCUGGCAUUUCUUUGAA